AUGCCGAACAAAGUACCUGCGAACGAUAUCGAGCAUGCUCAAUUGAAGGAGUUUCCUGGCCUAUAUCAGCUUGCCAAGUCUAUCCAGUCUAAAAGUUUAGGAGGUUAUGACGAAUGUUUUGAAUUGCAGGCCCAGUCAAGCGAGAUUCGCGAUCAAUAUUUGAGAAUCAUCGGCCAAAACAUUUUUCUAUUUCAUAAAGAGGAGAAUAAAUCUACAGCAGCACGUGACAAGUUUCUCAAACGGAUUAGAGGAGCCACAGAGCAUCUCUUAGACGUGUAUUUCCGGCACCCCUGUGGAGUGGACGCUGAGGAGUAUGAACUCUCCAAGCAUCCCAGCUAUGGAAUGAAAGUCCUAGCCAACAGAACCUAUUACCUCUUAGAGCAGCAUUGGAAAUGCGACUGCGUUAAAUGGGCCAGGCCGUGUGGGUUGAGAGAGGCGAGACUUUGUCUGAUUCUACACCGUCGAUUAGCACCAAAGGUGGCACCACAAGGAAUUGCAGCACAUAAUAAUCCGCUAGCCAAGUUUGAGAUUCUCCUGCCUGUUUGCAAGGACAAUAUUGAGUGGAAAGUGACGAAUGUUGAAGUCGUCAAACCUCGGCCCGAGAUAUCGAUAUUCAGAGGUCGACAGUCCGUCAACAACGACAUCUCCCACUGGUUGUUAAAGAGCCAAUAUUUCCAGGCCGAUUUUUUGGCUCAGAAUGACAAACUAUGGCACCUAACGCCCAGACCCUCUAAGGGUGUCGAUCACCACACAACUAUGGAAUCUCUUCAACAACUCCUAGGAGAUGGCGUUUCAGUUUCAGAUAUUUCGAAAUACACACCUAAGGACAAGCUCAUUCUCUGCUAUGUUCUGGCUAGCUCUAUGCUAUUCCUAUAUCCAGGCUCUUGGUUCCAAACAACAUGGAACAGUGACAAAAUCUACUUCGUCCGCCGUGUCGGCAGCUCGGCGUCGCCCGCCUUGACGUUUCCAUAUCUUUCAGUCACACUUCAACAGGCUCAAAAUAAUCCGCCAAAUCAUAUGCAGUAUCACUACCAUCCCGCAAUCUUAGCCCUUGGCAUUAUUUUUCUGGAAAUUGCCACAGGUGUCAGGUUUACGAGAAGAUCUCGUGAACCAACUUUGUGGGAGCAAUUCAACAGCGACGGCAUGCAAGCCUUGCAAAAAAUCCAGGAACUAGAGCAUCAAAUCACUCGCGACCGUUCCAAGAGGACAUCUCGUGCUUUAAUUAAAGUCAUCCGUUCUUGCCUGAUUCUGGACCCGCCAUCAAAUUUCCCAAGCAAGCUAUUGUCCGAAGAAGAAACGGCCCCAAAAGUUACAGAGAAUCGUGAUUUAGGCCUUCUUGGAGGGAGAGUGGAGGGAGAAAUGCGUGCUGAAGGCGACAACAAAUUGGCGGCGGAUGCGUGGUUCGAAUGGCACGCAGACGCCCUUAAUCGGAUAAGAAAGUUACGCAAACCUGACUCUAUUCAGUCUCAAAGUGUUAGAAUUGCUAUUUUAGACAGCGGCAUUGAGCUCUCCAAGGACCAAAAGGAUAUGUAUGAUUUGGAACCCAGAAUCAGAUAUCGCACAUGGGUCGAGGAAGAUAAUACGGAAUGGAAAGAUGACGUUGGACACGGCACGCACCUCGCUGUUCUCCUCCGCAAGAUCGCGCCAAAUGCCAUUAUCCACGUUGCGCGGGUAUUCAAGAAGAGGCCUGAUGUUGAGAAAUCAGCAUAUGAUAUUGCUGCGGUGAGAACCUAUCUUGGCCAGAGAGGUUACUAUGCUAUCCGAUACGCUGUGGACGAUUGGAAAGUUAAUAUUAUCGUCAUGUCCUUUGGAUUCGGAAGCAGGAACGAGACGGUGUACGAUGCAAUCAAGUACGCCGCCUUCAAUGAUGUUCUCAUGUUCGCAGCAGCUUCCAAUGAUGGUAAGAACCGCCCUGACGGCGUCGCGUGGCCCGCCAUUGAAUCAAAUGUCAUCUGUGUCCAUUCGGGAGAUGGUUAUGGCAAUCCAUCCUCGUUCACGCCGAGCCCGAAGGAGAACAUGAGGAUCAUGGUCCUCGGAGAAUGUGUCAGGUCAGCGUGGCCACCAAAUUUGGGUUUGCCCGGCAAUGUCAAAGACAUGAGUGGUACGUCAUGUGCAGCGCCGAUUGCCGCUGGGGUUGCAGCAUUCAUUCUUGAUUAUGCAAGAGGAUUUCUGUCUCAGCAAGAGUGGGAAUCUCUCCGUCGGAUUGAUUCUAUGCGGCGUAUGUUUGAAAGACUGAAGGAUCCCGAUAAUCACACUGGCUACUGGUGGAUUAAGCACUGGGGGUUAUUUGACUCUAAGCGAGAUGAAUCUUGGAUACAGGGAGAGAUCAAAGGUUUCCUGUCCUAA